AUGAGCGAAAGUACACUGCCUGUACGUGCGAGAGAAUGCCUUCGUACGCCUACUGCACUUGCGCAAAGUGGGCUCCUCCCGGAGGCACAGACGUACCAAGUGGUAUUUAGCACGCCGCUAGCGCCGCUAGCCACCGCCUGGGCCACGGCCUGCCCACAUGCCCAAGCAGUAUGGGCCCCAGAGCGUAUGCAAUGGCUUGUAUGUGCUCCGGCCAUGGAACGGGCGUCAAUUCCGUGUCCUGUACCUCUGAAGGAAGCGUUGGACGAUACGGGUGUGCCUACGCCGGUGUACUAUACGGAUGAAACAGCAUCAGACGCGCAUCUGCGGCAUACAGAUCUGGCCAGUGAACAUGCGUACGAGACGUGGCAUGUCGAUGGUGUACUUCCUCAUGCGCUAUGGUCGUCUUUUCGUGCGGUGCGUGAGCAAAGCCCAGGGCCUGGCCAAACGCCCACGAGCGAAGUCGCUCGCGCUGUAGCCUUGCUGGUUCGCAAAUCGUUCUCCCAGCAGCUUCGAUGGGAUGAGUCGCUGGCCUCGAUCAUGGAUAUGUUGCAAUGGACGGUGGCGCCGCUGGAUAGUGAGACGCCACGCAAGGCUCUUCAUGCGCCUACAAACCUAGCAGAUGACGCGGCUCUUUUGCAGACGCAUAUUCGUAUGUACAUGGAGCUGGCGGGAUGGUGUGCACACCUUGGCGGGACGCCGCCUUCGCCCGACGAGGCGGAGACACAUGGCACCUUGCAUGUAUCGGCAGCCGUAUGGCCAGGGUUUGUCCCUACGAUCCAUGUACCUGCGCCAGGCACCGCGUUAGCUCGCUCGUAUGCACGUCUGGGUGUGGCGAUGGAGGCCUCGGAGGCUGAUGUGGUGGCGAUGUACCGUUUGCAGAUGCUGUGUUUUCCUGCGCUUCGCGCUUCGCUAUUUCUUGAGUUGGAGCAUAUACAGUCGGUGCGAGCUUGGCGUGAACAAGUCCCGACGCUGCUCGCGGUGGAACAAAGCCAAGGGCUGUGCACGAGGCAGGACUUGCACGCGAGCUGGACAGCGCUGCAAAUGACGGUGCCAGGCACUACGUACGACGAGCGAGCACCCCUAUGGGACGAGGACACGACGCCGAUCCUGCCGUGCACGACGGAGGCUAUUGUACAGGCGUACAACCAGCGCAUACAUGAGAUUGUCACAUCGCAUGGCUCCGAUGACGACUGGGCGAAGACGGUCCGUGCGAUGGAAGUGCUGGCCCGUUUUUAUGCGCCUGUGCCAGCACUGGACGAGAGGCUGCGUACAUCGCCGAUUCACGAUGUCCAGGAUGCGUACCAGCUCCUCCAGGUGAGUGCGGACAUUGACGAUGCGUUGGUAUGGGUCGGCUAUGAAGUGUACGCGUCUGAGAGCACGACGCGACAAACAGUACUACGAUCGGCGCUGGAAAAGAUUGCCGACGUACGAGCGAGUUCGUUCUUGCAGCGCCGCUUGCGUGGGGAGAACGACGAUGACGUAGCUCUCACGGCUACAUGGCCACGAGGCUUGGACAACAUUGGGAACACGUGUUACCUGAACUCGCUGCUGCAGUACCUGUACUGGAUCGAGCCGGUGCGUAUGGCGGUGGAGCACGUCGCUGGCCAGGCCCAUGAAGUACCGACGACGCUUCCGACACUUUCUGAGCACCAGGUCACGGCCGACGAGUGGGAGCGAGCGCAUUUGUUUGUGGACAAGUUGGGAGAGUUGUUUUCCGCUAUGACGAAGACCAAGGAAGCCUCGUUGCGGCCUGAUAAGGAGUUGGCGUACUUGGCGCUUGUUCCCUUGGCCUGGGAAAAGGCGCAUGAGGACGAUCGAGUAGCGCGGGAUGUGCUGAUGCAGCAUGUAAGUGCGCAGCAGGACGUGUGUGAGUGCCUGGACAAUAUGAUGUUCCUCCUGCAAGUGGCGCUGCAUGGCACGCAGGCAUCGGCGGCGGUAUCCAUUGCCGAUCUGUUUACCGGCAUGUCGACGCAAGUGCUUCAUACGCAAGACGAGACGCCCGCGCCGCCAGCGAAAGACGAGUCGUUCAUGAGCAUCCCCGUGACGCUCUUGUCCGAGUCACGCGACCUGUACGAUGCGCUGGACACCUUUUUCAGUGAAGAGUGGGUCACCGCUACGCAGGGACCGACAGUGCAGCGUACCAUCACGCUAAAAAAGGCCCCGCCGAUCCUCCAAAUCCAUAUCCAGCGCGUGCAGUACGAUCGUCAGAGCCACCGCGCCGUGAAAAACCAAGCGGCCCUGCCGCUGCCUGAUACCCUGUACUUGGACCGAUACAUGGACGUUACUACGUGUCCUGACCGUGUGGAUGCGCUUCGUGGUAUGCAUACACAGGCGCACACGUGGCGCGCAGAGAUGACGACGCUGCGGGAGCGUAUGGAAACGCUCCUGGGCGAACGCCUGGCUGCCGUGGAGCACAUGGCGGACGCGGUGGCGGCAUGGCAAGCACAGACGCCGCGCGAGGAAGCGACAGACUGGGCUUCGUUGGUCCACGCGCGAUCCCCGGACACGUUCCGAACGGAAGCACAAUCGAUGCGGGCCGAAGCGGAGACGCUGCGAAUGCAAUGGCAGGCGUUGCAUGAGCGUGUGCAAGCGCUGUGGGCAAACGAGCACCAAGUGCCAUACCGCUUGGCGAGUGUAUUUAUGCAUCGAGGCGAGGCGACGCAUGGCCACUAUUUUGUAAACCAGCGCGAGUUUUCGGACAAUACAUGGUACUCGCUCAACGAUACACGAGUCACGACAGUGCCGCAAGAAGAGAGCACGAAAGAACAUAGCUACUUAGCUACGACCAUAACGCGCUUUGCGUCCAAUAUCGAAGGGCAAGUAUUUGUACCGAAUCAUGUGCUCAAUCUGGCGACGCAUAGUAAUGACAAAGAGCGUAAUGAAGUACAAGACCAGAAUGGGCCAGAACACGGGAAUAUCAAAUACACUGAACAUGGUGGCGCCGAGCGACAAGAGGAUGGCCUGUGUCGCACUAAGCCAGAACUUGAAUUCGGGCAGCCGACGGAUAAAGGGGCGGAAUUCCUCCUGGUCCUGACGCUCGGAAGGGUGGAACACGUCGCUCAUCAGGCCUGA